GAUGGAUGAAUGAAAUUUUGAUUUUCGAAAUGAAUGAGAGAUUUAUAGGACUAAAUAUAUGGAAUAGGUAUGUUGAAUUUUAUUAAUUCGAGUUAUUAUAAAGGGGAAUUACCAAAUGGAAUAAUAAAUGGUAGAGGUAUUUACGUUAGUGGAAAUAGAAAGAUUAUGAGUGGAUAUGUAUUAUUUAAUUGAUAAUAAGGUUAUAGUUUGA